CCAGGAGAGCUUUGUUACAUCAACCAAUCUGUCUGGCAUUGCUGUUGAACGUACUAAUGUGCAUGCUGAAAAGUUUGAACUGGAGAGCAAUUCUAGCCAAGUGGACCUGAUGGAUGGACGCAACACCAGCUUCGCUGACAACCAAUUUAAUGAAAGUGUUUCUUUGAAAAACAUGAGCCGUAAUUUAUUUGGUGAUUAUUUUACUGGGCAUGAUAAUAAUAACACAACUCAGUAUUCUCUUGAAUACUCUGUCUCAGAUCAUUUACUAACCAAUGAAAGUGACCGCUCCCGAACCCCACGCUGCUUGCCGGUUGAUUCCAAAUUGCCAUUUUGCACCAGAAUGGGAACAAAAAGUAUCGCCGUGCCUAAUUUCCUAAAUCAAAGCAGCGUGGAGGAAGUACAUGUGGUCUUGACCGAAUGGGCGUGGCUCUUACGGUCACGCUGCCAUCAUAGCUUGGAAUGGUUUUUCUGCCUGCUGUUGACGCCGCGGUGCGUCCCGUCUGGACUGCUGCCCCCGCUGCCCUGUCGCAGUUUCUGCGAAGUCCUGCGAGACAGCUGCUGGACGCUGCUGGAUGAGGGCCGCCUCCCCUUGGAGUGCCAUUCUCUGCCUGAAGAGAAGCAUGAUGGGUAUCAGUGCUUGUCAGUUAGUAACCAGAAAGAAGAAAGUGGAGUAUCUCUGUUGCAGUUAAUCGGUGAUCCUCCACCAGAUGGCAUCACUGAAACCUACAGCUCCGAUAACAGCCUCGGCUACGUGUUCGGGCCGAGCUCCAACGUGGGCCAGUCAGCUGCCGCCCACCUGCCCAACCCUUUCCACCGUGAUUUCUCGCUCAUCUUCAACGUCAAACCCACAUCCACCAAGCCAGGUGUCAUCUUUUCCAUCACUGACCCCUCUCAGAACUUCAUGUAUGUGGGUGUGAAGCUGUCGGGGGUUCAGAAAGGCAAGCAGGACAUCAUCUUCUACUACACCGAGCCGGAUUCUCAAAGCUCAUAUGAGGCGGCCAGGUUCUCCGUGCCCUCCAUGCAGAACACCUGGACGCGGUUUUCCAUCCGUGUUCUCAAUGAGCAGGUGUCCCUGUAUUUCAAGUGUGACUCUGACCCACAAGUCCUCAACUUUGAGCGCUCCCCAGACGAUAUGGACCUGGACGCUGGGGCCGGAGUGUUUGUUGGUCACGCCAGUGGAUCAGACCCUGAUAAAUUCCUGGGUGUAAUCGGUGAUCUAAGGGUGUUGAAAGACCCUGGGGCGGCUGAGCGUCACUGCGAGGAAGAUGAGGAUGACUCUGAUGCGACAUCAGGUGACGGACCGAGUGGCUAUGGAGAAAGCGAACCACCAGUCCAGCCCACACCUCCCUCCUCUCGGCCAAUCCAGCAGCCACCGUUGACCAAUAAACUGCCGGACACUAGAAAGCAGCAGACAGGAUCUGUUGAUCACUCUCGCCGAACUUCUGGCUCAUAUGAUGAUUCUCGACAAACUGGUUCAUAUGGCGAUUCUCGACAAACAUCUGCAGCACACGGUGGUUCUCGAAAAACUGUCUCACAUGGUGAUUCCCGGCAAACGUCUGGUUCAUACGGUGAUUCCCGUCAGACCCUCAACUCAGUUGGUAUUAGCAGGCGAAUUUCAGGCUCAUACGAUGAUUCUAGACCAGCUUCAAACGCAGUUGACUACUCUCUCAGAACAUCAGGCUCAGCUGAUGAUGGCCUGCGGUAUUCUGUGGAGUCCAGACUCACUCCUGCAGGAGAAAAGGGCGACAGAGGAGAGAAGGGGGUCAAAGGUGACCGGGGCCCUGGGGGGCCAAAGGGCGAUUCGGGAUCUGCCUCUGUGUCUGGUGGAAGUGCAAAAGGAGAGAAGGGUGGUGUAGGAGAGAAAGGAAUGAAGGGCAAUUCUGGUUUUGGUUAUCCUGGCUCAAAGGGAGACCUUGGCCCCCCGGGGUCUCCAGGUCCUCCUGGUCCUCCAGGACCCAGUGCAGAGGUAGAGGUAAGGGGCGAUGGGUCAGUAGUGGAGAGGGUGACAGGACCGAGAGGACCACCUGGGCCACCGGGACCCUCAGGACCUGCUGGAACUGAUGGAGAGCCAGGUGACCCUGGUGAAGAUGGUAAGACGGGACCUGUUGGACCCCCCGGUUUUCCAGGUAUUCCGGGGAAUUCAGGACCUAAAGGAGACAAAGGCGACCGAGGUGAAGGCCAACCAGGACCCCGUGGGCCUCCAGGACCUCCUGGACCCCCAUCUCGCUCUGACAGACCUACAUUCGUUGACAUGGAGGGUUCUGGUUUGGAUAUGGAUGUUAUGCGGGGACUCCCAGGUUUGCCAGGCCCACAAGGUCCUGCCGGUCCCCCUGGACCUCCUGGCACCGCGUCUUCAGGGUCUGGUGGUUUCGGGCCUCCCGGCCCACCCGGACAAAAUGGGGCUCCAGGUCAACCGGGACUUCCGGGUAUUGCAGGUGCUGAUGGAAAAUCAGGCUCACCUGGACCAAGAGGAGAGAAGGGUGAUGCCGGUGAGCUGGGUUUGCCUGGGCCUGUGGGAGUGAAGGGUGCUCAAGGUUCUCCUGGUCUUCCUGGUCAACCAGGAGAGACUGGACUUGCUGGGCUUCCUGGACCAAUGGGACCUGUUGGACCAUCUGGGCCACCUGGUCCUCCCGGCCCAAGCUAUCAUGUUGGUUUUGAUGAUAUGGAAGGAUCUGCUAUUCAAUUCGGUUCAAUUCCUGGAGUAAGAGGACCUGCAGGGAUCCAGGGACCUCCUGGUUUGCCAGGACUACCAGGUAAGCCUGGUUUACCUGGACCUCCUGGUGGGAAAGGCAGCGAAGGACCUCAGGGAAGAGAUGGACGUCCUGGGUUGGAUGGCUUCCCUGGACCACAGGGACUAAGGGGAGACAAAGGUGACAGAGGCGAUAGAGGUGAACCUGGUCGAGAUGGCACUGGUCUUCCGGGUCCACCCGGACCACCUGGCCAGAUUGUUUAUCAGUACGCUGAAAAUUAUGAUGGAGCUGGAGGAACAGGACCUCAGGGUGGGCUUGGUCCUCCAGGUCAAGCUGGAUUCCCAGGCCCAAUGGGACCCAAAGGUGACAGAGGUGAACCUGGAGCACCAGGUUAUGCCAUUAAGGGUGAGAAAGGAGAACCUGGACUUAUUGUCGGACCUGAUGGAAACCCAUUUUACCUCGGUGGAUCGACAGGCUCGCAGGGUGAGAGAGGGAUCCCUGGACCAGUUGGACCUUCUGGGCCAGCUGGACCUCAAGGUCCAAAAGGUGAAUUUGGAAUGCCAGGCAGGCCCGGCCGUCCAGGUGUGAACGGUUAUAAAGGUGAAAAGGGAGAAGCAGGGUCAGGUUCUGGAAAUGGCUACCAGGGUUCCCCUGGACCCCCAGGACCCCCUGGUCCCCCCGGCCCUGCCGUGCCCUUGGAAAGAUUCAGCAGAUAUGAAGAUUUUGCGAGAACUUUUACAGCUCCGAAAGGGGACAAAGGAGACCCUGGCGCCCCUGGCAUUCCUGGAUCCCCUGGUUUUGGAACUAAUUUUGAUAUCUACACGCUUAAGGAUGAGAUGAAGGGAGAACUUGGCGAGCCUGGUCUUAAAGGAGAGAAAGGAGAACCAGGCGGUGGAUUUUACGAUCCUCGUUUAGGAGGUGUACAGGGACCCCCAGGAAGCCCUGGACUUCCUGGACCUAAAGGAGACUCCAUCAGAGGUCCACCUGGACCGCAGGGCCCGUCUGGACCACCUGGAGUAGGUUAUGAUGGUCGUCCAGGAGUUCCAGGACCCCCAGGAGCUCCCGGUCCUCCAGGGACACCAUCAUUGCCAGGGCCCUAUAGACCAUCACUCAGUAUUCCCGGGCCCCCAGGUCCCGCAGGACCUCCUGGAAGCCCCGGUCAUGGAUCAGGGGUGACUGUGCUCAGGUCUUAUGACUUGAUGCUCGCCACAGCGCGCAGACACACAGAAGGAGCUCUUAUAUAUAUUUUGGACAGAAGUGACCUCUACGUCAGAGUUCAAAAUGGAGUCAGACAAGUGAUGCUUGGAGAUUAUAAACCCUUCCAUGGAGAUCUGGACAAUGAGGUAGCAGCAGUCCAGCCACCUCCUGUGGUCCAGUAUUCCCAGGACCACACAUCCAACAACGGAGCAGAACAGAUUUCCCCACCCCACAAUCCCAUCGAGUUGCCGAGGGAGUCUGAAAACAGGAACCCCAGCACGCCUGACUCCAGCUACCCAGAUCCACGAUAUCCCCCUCAGCCCGACCCUAGAUACCCACCCCACACCGACAGCAGGUACAACUCUGGCCAUUUACCAAUCAGAUUCCCUGUGACCCCUGCUCGCCGUCCCAACCCCCCCGUCAAUCAACCGGAAGGCCACACGCACACAUCUGGGCCAGGGUUGCAUCUUAUUGCCCUCAACUCGCCACAAGUGGGCAACAUGAGAGGCAUUCGUGGAGCAGACUUCAUGUGCUUUCAGCAGGCUCGGGCCGUGGGGCUGACGGGAACGUUCAGAGCAUUCCUUUCUUCCAAACUCCAGGAUCUCUACAGCAUCGUGCGCAAAUCUGACCGAGAGACACUACCAAUUGUUAACCUCAAGGAUCAAGUGCUGUUCAAAAACUGGGAGUCUCUCUUCAGUGAUUCAGAGAGCCGGAUGAAGGAAAAUGCUUCCAUUUACUCGUUUGAUGGUAGAGACGUCUUGAGAGACAGUGCCUGGCCAGGGAAGAUGAUCUGGCACGGGUCCAAUGGUAAGGGUCACCGGCAGAUGGAUAACUACUGUGAGACGUGGAGGGCUGGAGACCACGCGGUGACAGGCCUGUCCUCGAAUCUGCAGUCGGGUCAACUCCUCCAGCAGACCCCCAGCAGCUGUUCCGGGUCUUACAUCGUGCUGUGUAUCGAGAACAGCUACAUGACACAGUCCAAGAAAUAAAGUCAUCCGUGUCUUCGAGCUCCACACAACUGCUUACACAGGCUCAGAUCCACUCCAACAGACGCUGCAUCUACGAUUGGAAAAAAGAAUGAAAACAAAAAUGUAAAAGAACUGAAUCUGCCUUAAGAAGAAUUUGCUAGUCGUGUAUGUUUUCCCUCACCGCAAUGCCAAAGAGGCAAGUUGAACGUGGAGGUUUUUGCUCUUUCUCAGGGCAGUGGCACAUAAUUUCAGGGGGUUAAACCAGAGAAGUGAGGCCAACUGAGGCAGUGUUUUUACAGUAACUGUAUCCAUAUCAAAUUUUGUAUAUGAAUUGUUUGUUGUCUGUGUUGUUCUGUUUUUAUUUUUUUGAUGUCAAUUGGUAUAGUUAACCAAGUUUAGCUACAUAUUUUUGUGUAACGUUUCCAUUUAUUCUUCCAAACUAUUUCCAUUUUCAUCCAAGGUUUGCUGGAUACCAAGGAGGCAAACUUGAUAUAGUUUUAGGAUUAAAAGAGAAAAUAUUUAUUUUGCAAUGAAGAGAGCUAAAAUAUGAUUUAAAACUGAAACAAACUACAUUUUUUUCUGUUUUAGUAAGCACUUUAUACAGAAUCUGUUUAAUACUUACACAGAUACAAGUGCACGACUAAAAUAGUUAAAACAAACUUUUGUGAAAAGAAAUUAUUAGGUAAAGCGAUGUGCCUUGAAAAUUGCAAUACUUAUCCCUCAAAUGCCUUUUGUACAAAACAAAAUGAUUUUAAUUCUGUCGCAUCUAUAGGAUCACUUGUGUUUUUCUAUUGUGAUUAAUGUGAAAUUUCAUAUGGACAUUUUUUAUUUGACAUUUCUGGUUGAAUCCAGAACUUUUGAUAGUCCACAUAAGAGGGGGAUUUGCAUUUUUGUGACGUAAAUAUUGAUGUAGAAAAAGAUGUAAGCUUCUCGCUGUUACUCAAUAACAGUUACAUAUUCAAUAAUUCAUUGUUAGACGUAGAGUUGUUGUUGCGUUUGGUGCUUUUCAUUGAUGAAACAGCUGCUGACAGUGUUUGGUGAGAUAUGUUUUAUAAAGACACUUUAUCUUCGGUCCAUAUAGAAUUUCAGACGCCUGAUCCACUGUAGUGCUACUGAUGUGUUCAGUACAAUCAUGUGGACUUCUAGUUUUUUAAUGUUUUUUAUUAACCAGUAUGUGCUGUACCAUGUUCAGAGGCACUGAAUAAAUAAUUGUUUUUAUUUGCCACAAUGCAUUGGCACAGCUUUUUAAACUAUGGCACACAUACACGUUUUGUCUAUUCAUGCACAAUAUUAACAUUCCGGACAUCAUCCACAAGCCAUUUCAUAUCAUUUAUGUGUUUACUGUUAACACUGUUAUUCAUUGUCUGAUUACUAAAAAUAAAUACAUUUUUUCCUC